AUGUAUGGUGCUACUACCAUGACAGAACGAAGAUUCGUCAUAAAUCUAGCAGCAGCGAUGACCGUAAUACUGGUGACAUCUUUCCUACCUGGUACAUAUGGUGAACAGAUUCCAUCGUUUGCUAAAUUAAAAACAAACUACCCUGGCUACGCCCACUAUGGAGGUAAGGUCACCAACCACGAACUGAUAGACGCCAUUGGCUGCAACACAAGCAUGCUCCUGCAGGACACCAGUGCGCUCCGCCUCUCGGUAGCGCUGAACAGAAUCGGUGGUGCUCACUCACUGGGCAAAGAGUUGAUAAGAUUGUCUAAAUAUGGCAGAGACAGUGUCACCGGGAGGGAUGACUUGCAGUAUAUCUAUCACCCAAUCGCUUAUGGGCCAUAUCUGGCUGACAAGUAUGGGUAUCCUAACGUAUCCAAACUUCAUGAACUGGAUCCAGUGGACACCAAAAAG